GCACUAAUAAAAUUAUAGCGAAAAUAAAAUCUUGGAAUAAGCCUUCUUUACAUUCACUACCAAAAAUUGAAAAACAGUAUUUUAAGCCUAUAAAAUAUUUAGACUUUAGUAAAGAUGUCAUAAAUGAUUUACCUUAUGGCAUAAAAAUAGCUCAUAUAACAAAAGAAUUUGGAGAAGCGUCAAUCAGUGAAUUGGGUAGAACAGUCACAGGAUUAGCCGAGUCUCAAGCAAAAAUCGAUGGUUUAGAGAAUGAUAAAAACGAACGGAAAAGUGUAAAUUUUGGGGUUUAUAAAUAUGUAUGGAAAUUUGAUAAAAAUGAUGAUUAUAUCUUUGAAGAUCCAAAAGAAGACUUCAAUGUUACCAGCAAGUUAACGGCAAUGUUUAAAAAAUUUAAGCUUGAUGAUGAAGAAGAAGAGAAAGUUGUACAGGGUUCUAGCAUCAGAUCAGUCACGAUAUAUUUGAUAGGUCCCGCUAACAAUUUGGAACCAUUUGAUCAUGCAUUCAGGUUAAAAUCUUUGCAACAAUUAUAUAAGCGAAACAACAAAUUACCUGUAGAUCUAGUCGAUUUGUAUUUUAGUAAAGCAGCUGCAGAGCUUAUCACCUUCAUUAAUACGUCAGCUGAAACUCCUUUGUUCUCUCCAAUUGAAGACAAAGGCGUUGACAUUGUACACAUUCAUGGCUCAACAAAUGCUCUAGCCAUAAAAUUCAUGCAAGAUUUUCACAAAGUUGGCAAUUACAGACGACUUCCACCUUCCAUAGUUUACACAAUCCACGAUUACAUUGAUGAACAUUUAUACUUUAAUGAAUUACACAAUCUUAAAAGAUUUGUAAACAUAGAAAAGUUCAAACUAGAACAUGCUAAAUACUUUUAUGACGAUAAUUUUUUCCCAUCUCCUUACGCAAUAGAAAAAUCAGAAAUGGUCACCUUCAUCUCUGAAUCUAUAGCUCGUGAAAUGAUAGAAGGUAAAAGGGACUUCGACCUGAAAGAGAUAAUAUUGCCAAAUAUAAUCGAAAAAGCAUUGAAAGGUCAUUGGAUAGGAAUAUCCAAUGGUGUACGGUAUAACGGAAUAAAUCCAUUCAACGACAUAAUGUUAAUUGAAACAAAUUCAAAUUUUCCACAAAACAUUUUUGAUUUCAAACAAGAAAUGCUAUCUUCUGAGUCUUCAGUUUUUGAAUUACAAGGCCUUGUAUCAAUGUCAAAAAUAAACGCAAAGAACUAUCUGGUUCGUGAAGGGUUAUUGGAUAAAACUGAUUUGACUCGUCCCGUCGUGCUAUAUAUCGGUAAAUUUCAACACAAUAAAGGACUCGAGUUUAUUCAAUCAGCAGCGGAACAUUUAAAUGAACUGGACGCCAAAUUGAUUGUGAUUGGCUACAGAGGUGAUUUCCUUAUGGGGGAAUUGAAAGAAAUAUAUCAUAAAUACCCAAGUAACUUUGUGCUCAUUGAUGAUUAUGAAUUUCAAAAUGAUUUUGGCACAUUGUAUCGAGCUGCAGCAGAUAUACAAUUUGUGCCUAGUUUACAUGAGAAUUUUGGUGUAAUUGCUGCUGAAGGAUUAUUAUUUGGUAAUCCAGUAGUGAGUACUGGUGUUGGCAACAUGAAAGAAUUUUUGAUCAAUAAAACAGAAACACCUAAAAUCGAUUCAAAAAAUCAUUAUAAUUCAUAUAUAUUUGAAUUAUUUAAAAAUGAUGACGAUGGUACGUUCGAUGUUGAAAAAUCAAUCGAUGGUAUGAAAAGAGCGUUAACCAAUGCUGUUUUAGAUUGGCGAGAUACGUCACAAAAUAUUAAGGAACGUGAAUUGCUUGUUAGAGCAUUGAUCAAAGAUGCUUUAAAAUUGGAUUGGAACACUGAUAAUGGUCCUUUGGAAAAAUACAUUAAAGUUUACAGAAUGGCAUUA